AUGGCAAUCGAGGAUCUGAGAUGCUUCGAGUUGAACACAGGCGCUAAGAUUCCUUCUGUUGGUUUAGGCACUUGGCUUGCUGCUCCCGGCGUUGUUUACGAUGCUAUUUCCACCGCUAUCAAUGUUGGAUAUCGGCAUAUAGAUUGUGCUCAAAUUUAUGGCAAUGAAAAAGAGAUUGGUGAUGCCUUGAAGAAAUUGUUUGACAAUGGACUAGUUAAGCGUGAAGAGAUGUGGAUCACUUCCAAGCUAUGGUGUACCGAUCACUUGCCAGAAGACGUCCCUAAAGCAUUUGAUAGAACCUUACGCGAUUUGCAGUUGGACUAUCUUGAUCUCUACCUUAUUCACUGGCCAGUCAGCAUGAAAAACGGACGCUUUACCAAACCUGACAUACCAAGCACAUGGAAAGCAAUGGAAGUGCUCUACGAUUCUGGAAAGGCUCGAGCUAUAGGAGUCAGCAAUUUCUCUGUGAAAAAGCUUCAGGAUCUUUUGGAUGUUGCGCGUGUUCCUCCAGCUGUUAAUCAAGUGGAAUUGCAUCCUUCGUUGCAGCAGCCAAAUUUACAUGCUUUCUGUAAAUCCAAGGGAGUGCAUUUAUCUGGUUAUUCUCCACUAGGUAAAGGAGUCGAGAGUAAAAUUCUUAAAAAUCCAGUUCUGCACACGACGGCCGAGAAGUUAGGGAAGACUCCGGCCCAAAUAGCCCUUAGAUGGGGACUACAGACGGGUCACAGUGUACUUCCUAAGAGCACAAAUACUGCACGAAUCAAAGAAAACAUUGACCUGUUUGACUGGUCUAUACCAGAAGAUUUGCUAGUCAACUUCAACGAAUUUGAGCAGGAAAGAGUAGUUCCUGGAGAAGGAUUUGUUAGCCAGGCAUCUUCUGGGUACAAAACAAUUGAAGAACUUUGGGAUGGUGAGUAA